AUGCGUUACUACUCAUUCUUUAUAUGCCUCGUCGCAGUUUCUCUGUGCUUCACUCCUCACCGAAGGAACGACGAGUCCCAACCGAGUCAAGAACAGCCACUUAUCGACACGAACGACGUUCGUAUGAACCAAGUUCAUGGAAAUCGAGAUCGUCUUAUCGAGGAUAUCAGGAUUUGCGGGCAAUUUCUCAAUGCCCUCAAUGCGCUUUCCGGAGAAUUCAAUAACGACACUAUUUCAUUGGGCUUUGUCAAGGCUUGCGAGAGAGUCGUUGUUAUAUUAGACCAAACUGCCUAUGGAUCAUUGCAAAGCCACAUCCAAUCUCACGAUCGGCGAUACCUCCAGGGUUCGACCAGAAGAGAUCGACAAUAUCUGGAGGAGAGCGAAAUACCGGGAACGACUUCAAGUGCUCUCGAUGCAAAUACUUCUGAACGAAUAUUUCUUGAUAAAACUGAGCAUCACUCAGAACGCAAGUACCGCCGGGAGGAAAUAUGUGAGGACAAAGUCUGCGAAGCUGAACGUCUUGAUGAAAUUUGCAAUGCCGAAAACAUAGAUCCAAGUGUAGCUCAGACUUGCAAGAUGUGCUACCCUGUGAGGAACGCUCCACUUAUCAACGCACACUGCCAAGCGAAAUGGAGGCGAGAGCGAAAAGCAUUUUAUGUCAUUUCGUUUGUUCUCAUUGCGGUGACAUUGGUUAGCGGGCUUAUACUUUAUAUUCGACGACGAUAUCUCCGUGUUAAGAAUCCCCACCCGGACGAAUUGAUCGAAUCAGGAAUCAACCCUCCAGGAGAACUCUACUACUACGAUGGACCAAGAUCAUUCAUACCUUCGGAACGAGGGAGCUCGCUAACAGUUAACUGUUCUCCGGAACCUCGCCUCCAGGAGACCUCUAAGAGGUAUCAUAAUUCAUGGGAUGACGAGGAUGAAGGAGAUGUGAUUAGCACAUCUUUUGCUCAGCGGAGACUUAGACAACUUGGCGUUCUCUCGAAAACAGGGCGCAAACGGAUUCAUGAUCUGUUUGAUCUGGAAGCUUUGCAGUCUAGACGCGGGACGGGGAAGGAUCCUCGGCGACACUCUGAUCAAGAUAGAGUGCCAGUGAUGCCGUGGGCACCAAAUGCAACUGUACGACCCACUAGUCGAUCGUCCUCGUGUCUACGACCAGCAAAAAGUUCAAGAAGCCCACCGACGAUCAAAUUACGAGACGUUGCAUGA